AGGCAGCAAAGAUCGACCUCACCAUACGUACGCUUUAAGAAGAGUAGACAUAUAGCUGGCCAAGAUUCCUCCGAUCACGCACACAUUCUCUCCAACCGUACCGUUGGUUCCUUCACCAAGGCAGAGAGACAAAUAUUCUGUGUGUACUAGUACUAGCUUGCUCUUGUAGUACUUACUAUAGGUGCUAGCUAGAGCAAUCAUCAUAUAUGGCGGAGGCACUGUGCGAUCAGCUCUUCUCCGACGUCGACGGCGAGCUUAUGCGGCAGCACACUUCCGACACCGACGACCUCUUGGGCAUCCUCGAGGCGUGGGAGGACUGCGUCACUGGCGGUGGUGCAACUACUCCCCGCGGCGCUGAUGUCCUCCAUCAGAGUGCAUCUGACGCCGCCGCAACGCCAAAGGCAGCGGCAGCUAAACGUCGGCGGCAAGGGUGCCGGGAAGAGGACGGCACGGCGGUGCCGGCGCCAAAGAGGCAAAGGUGCUCGCCGGUGUCCUCGGAUGCAGCGGCCGCGAGUGAAGAUGGUGCGGCAAAUAAGACCUCGCACAUCACAGUGGAGCGUAACCGGAGGAAGCAGAUGAACGAGCACCUCGCCGUGCUCCGCUCGCUCAUGCCUUGUUUCUACGUCAAACGAGGAGACCAGGCAUCCAUCAUUGGAGGGGUGGUGGACUACAUCAAGGAGCUGCAGCAAGUGCUGCAGUCGCUGGAGGCCAAGAAGCAGCGCAAGGCUUACACCGAGCAGGUGCUCAGCCCACGGCCACCGGCGUGCUGCAGCCCUCGCCCUCCGCUCAGCCCCCGGCCGCCCCUGCCGCCACUCAAGUCCACGCCGCCAAUAAGCCCGCGGCCCGCCGUGCCGAUCAGCCCCAGGACGCCGCCGCCGGCUCCCAGCAGCCCGUACAAACCCCGCAGGCAGCCGAUAUCGGUGCCCCUACCGCCACCGGGCUCGUCGGCCUACGCGUCCCCGGCGAUGACGCCAACACGGGAGCCAGCGGCAGCAUCCUACCUGCCGUCGCUGGACACCGUCGCUGCCGACCUCUGCGCCUACGCCGCCACCAACAAGCAGCUGCAGCCGGCGCUGCCAGCAGCGGCCGGUGGUGUCGUCGUCCUCCCGGACGUGAAGGUGGAGUUCUCCGGCGCCAACCUGGUGGUGAAGACGGUGUCGCACCGCGCGCCUGGGCAGACCGUGAAGGUCAUCGCCGCGCUGGAGGGGCGGUCACUGGAGAUCCUCGACGCCAAGAUCAACACAGUCAACGACACUGCGGUGAACUCCUACACCAUCAAGAUUGGAAUAGAGUGCGAGCUCAGCGCUGAAGAGCUGGUGCAAGAGAUUCAGCAAGCGUUCUCGUCGUAAUGCAUGUAUCAGUAUUCAGUAAUUCCGAUCCAAUUCGUCGAAUACACGUCGCUCAUUUGGAAGCUAGCUGCAGUUAAUCAGGUGUAGUAGCAUAAGAGGUCUUUGAAUAGCCAACCGGGGUCACUUCAAAGGCAUUUACUGACAUAGUUAGCAAGCAAAUAAAGUAGCUUGCCGGACCAGCAGACCGAUGAUCAUGUUACGGAAUGCCAAAUUAGUACUAUCUACUAGUCACAGCCGACGAUCGAUGAUAUAUGUAUGCGCAUCGAUCUCAUUAAUUAUCUCAAGAUGCAGAGACCCCAAAGUUUCUAUCUUCUGUUCUACAUGCCAUACGUUGACGCGUGUUUCAGCAUUAGGAGGAGUGCAAGUUUCUAUCUUAAAAAUGUGAUUUCAGUCUGUGUCCCAUGUUCGAUUCGCCACUUACGCCAAUGGCAGGUUAUCCUAAGAGCAGAAAAUCAUAUGCAACCAAUGUUGACGACAUGGCUACAAACUUAUGUAUAAUUUAUUUUAUUUUCUUCUAUUCUUUCUUUGUCUCCUAAGCGAGGCUUGUAAUAUUUUGUACACUUUAUUUAAAUUUUUAAUAAAAUCCAGU